UGACAUUCAUCGUUGAUUACACGGUCUGGUACACACAGAUUGUCGGUAACCGACAGGGUAAGUGUACGCUUCAAAUAUUCAGGAAUGAAAUUUAAUGAUACAAGAUGAAGGUAAUAGCGGCGGGUUUCCCUAAAACUGGAACGAAAUCUGUUUGCAAAGCCCUGCGAACUUUGGGAUAUACAGUCUAUGAUUUCGAAGAAAACUCUACCUAUUUAGCUGACGACUGGGCUCAGAUUUUACACCAUGGAUGGACAACAGAACAUUUCCAGAAAAUGUAUAAAGAUAUUGACGCUGUAACUGACUACCCGGCGUGUUGCUUCUGGGAAGAAAUCUAUAAAGCUUUUCCAGAUUCAAAGAUUAUUUUAAUGAUCAGAGAUGAUGAAGAAUCCUGGUUCACGAGUGCAGCAAAUCAAAUACGAGAGGGUGAGAGCAAGAUGAUCUUGCGACUAUUCACUUUUGAUAUCUCCGACAGGAAACAGAAUGAUGGUAGAAUUGCUUUUGGGAUAAAUGAUUCAUUUUUAUGGAAGCCAUUUAGUCUGUCGUAUCUGAAUGAACAGCUGAUGAAAUUGAAAUACAGGGCGCAUAACGCAUAUGUUUUGCAGAAUGCUCCUCCGGAAAAGCUUCUCGUAUUCAAGUGUUCAGAAGGAUGGGAACCUUUGUGCAAGUUUCUAGAUGUUUCCGAUGCCUGAUUUGCCGUUCCCGCACAAAAACAAAGGUGCAACCCUAACAAACGAGAUUUUAGAAGGAAAUCCAUUUGUACAAAAGAUGAAAAAGGAAGUCCAAAUAGCACUAUUCGUAAUAGUAAUUUGUACCGCUAUUGUAGUGUAUUUCUUUUUCAAUAGCUAGAUAGUUAAUAACAGUUCUAAUUUGAUAUAAUAAGAGCGAUUGAUUUGUCGACAUGCUCAUAAUAAAAAAUAACAAUGAGGCUUCAUCUUGCGUUGGUUUUAUUUGGGAAAACGCAUAGACCAAAAUAUAUGGAUUGAAGACUACUAUUCUCUAAGAUAAAUAGAUAGGAACGAUAUUAUUAUCGAUAGC